AAUCUUGGUGCUCACUCUCUUGCAGGAUUCCAGGAGAGCUUCAUCGUCGACCGGUUUUGUCGUUUCUGUCUGGCAAGUAAGAGUCAAUUGAGCAAGAUUGAGAUGGCUGCACAACCAUUGAUGCUACGGAUUUUCGUUGACGAGAACGAUGUCAGGAGGGUCACCACUACAAGGCCAGACACGGUCGAAGAGUUGGUGGUGUGGAUAAAAAAUUUCAUACAAGCAAAUUACAGCUUCGUUCUUCAAUAUGAAGAUCCAGAGUUCAAUUAUGCCCUGUGCAAUUUGACAAAUCUUGCUGACUUGCCUGACAAGGCAACGGUCAAAAUAAUUCCAGUUGUUGAACUCCAACCAGUUGAACUCCAACCAGUGACACCAGAGACUGAACACAGUGAUGCACUCAGUGAAGCUGACACUGAAAUCCUAUCAUCUCCUGGGUCCUCCAUGAGCACCAGAACAUUGCAGUGGCCAGGGGAGUUUGAGAUCCCGAAGUUCUCGGUUGAUGUGGAGUACCGUCUUCGCCAAGGGAACCUGCUGUAUCUCAGGGAUGGAGCUAAUCUGAAGGUGACCAAAGAACUUAAACAUGACAUUCUGCAAAAAUUGGCUGAAACUAUGUACACGUUUCAACCCUAUCCGGACCCCGGAAACUUUGAAGAGGUUGCAAAAGCCUUAGUUCAGACUCAUCCGUGUCUGAAAGAACGAGGUUCGUCUAGUGGCUUCGCUGGAUGGGUCAAUAGCCUGAAGUUCAAAAUGGGCAACUACCGGACCAAACUCAGACAGAUGGGACGACGUGACGUAACCAUUAACAGCAGGAGGCGUGGCGGGAUGUCUCCAGAUGGUGAGCACCCUCGCAAGAACAUCAAGAAAGCAAAGAAGGGGGAACUUAACUUCUUACCAGAUUUCCCAGACGGGAUGGACGAGGACAAGCUGGAGGAGCUCCGUCAGCAUCUCGCACAUGAAAUGAAGAAGGCCCAUCCGAAUACGGCCAUUGUCAACAGGUACAUGGACCUCACCUUUGCCUUGCGCCGGAAGGAAGCAGUCCACGACAAGCCACCAAUUGCUGAAAUAUUGCACAGAUGGCCUGCCCUAUUCACAGAGAGUCAGAUUUGCUACGAGUUCAACAGAAUAGUCGGCAAGAAUCUCAGCAUCAGUUUUUUGCAAGCCCUUGACCAGAUCGCCCCCAACAUGAUUGAGAUCUUCAAAAAGAAAACCGGUACCAUGGGCCAGAAGCUGAAUCAGAUUAUUCUAGAGGCAAAGACAACUACACCAACAGACAUUAGGUGCCUGGUUCUACGUGGACUGCCAGUCAUCUUGGGUGAUGAUCCAGGAGUCUUUUUUAGGACCAGCUCUGAUGCCACUGAUGAAUUAGUUGCUGAAACGGCCGUGGGCCUACUCAUGUCGCCAGCUGACGGUGCUCACCAUCCACCAUCCUGCAGCCACCAGCCACCAGCCACCAUCCUCUGGAGUGGCCAUCAUUCUGGAGGGGAGCAUCCUGAUGGCCGACAUUGA